AUGGCGCCCACCUACCCAUCUUCCACUCCCCCAGCGCCUUACCUGCACACUCGCUCCGCACUCGAAGCCCUGACCACCGAAACCCUCACCCCAACAGCCAUCGGCCUCAUAUGCGUAGUCGGCACCAUCGGCAUCACCAUCUACAUCAUCAGCGCCAUCAUCUACUUCCGCACCAAACCAAUCAGCCUGCCCAGACUAUUCCGCAAGCGCGCGCACACCGACGAAGAGAGCAACACGGACGGCAGGAAGGCAGCCAUAUCGAUCUGGGAGCGGGGUAAGUGGUGUUACUACGACGGCAAAUUCGGCGUUUGGUGA